AUGGACACCGCUGUGCUCAUCACCUAUGAAAUAGCUACCAUUUUCUACUUGACGCUAAAACCGGAAUGCGGUGCAAAAAUGGAUUCAGUUAGGGUUGUGCGUGGUUUUGAGACAGCACUCUACACCUUGGAAGUAAAUAUUGCUGAAGCCGAGACACCUACUGCUUCCAGCUCUCAAGCUCCAACAUUUCCCUCAUCAACCUAG